AUGGUCCUCCAAAUAAAAAAUGUAGACCAACUCUCUAGCAUAUGCUCUCAAGCCUUCGCCAGAGAGGGGGAGAUAAGGUCCAAUACUGCUAGACCAUCUGCUGAACCUGCUGCUCCAGCAACCGAUGACGCUAAAGCUUCUAGAGCUGAAGCUGAGGCUGUCUGCGAAAUUCCAACCUCCAGUGAAGAUGCUAUUGUUGAGGACGUUGAUGCCAUCCGAUCUGAAGCUCGUGAUGAUGACCUUCCCAUCACCUCUGCACAUGUUGCUGGUGAUAUGGAUGAUGAAGAUGAUGAAGAAGAUGAUGAGGACGGUGAUGCUUCUGAUCUCCCUGACUUCGGCAGUGACCUGGAUGAUGACAACGAUGAUGAUGACGAUGAAGACGGCCUCACCAUCCAGUACCAGCGUCCAACCACUACCACCAAGGAGUUGUCCUAA